CGUCGCCAUAUUUAUUCUGGCGUUUCGGUUAACACCAUUUUCGGGUGAAACUAGCAAAAGGUACGACCGACAAUCGAUUUUUUAUUUAAUUGUGCUAAAUUUAAAAGGUCAUGUGAUUUGGAAUAAUUAGAAAAUUCUCAGGCUGUUCUAGACCACACAAAAAAGUACAAAGGUAGUACUUGAAGUUUUUUUAGGUUUUUUUUACAAGUAUACGAAGUAAUACGCCCAUAUCAAUCAUCUUGCAUAUCAUUAUGAAGCAAAACGAUAAAGAUGGUAAUGAUGGUAAAGAUAAUAAAAAUGGUAAAGAUGGUAAAGAUGGUAAAGACAAUAAAGAUGAUAAAGAUGGUAAAGAUAAUAAAGACGGUAAAGAUAAUAAAAAUAGUAAUGAUGGUAAUAACAAUAAAAAUGGUAAAGAUGGUAAAGAUAAUAAAAAUGGUAAAGAAGAUGAAACCAGUUUUGGAACAAUUGGACAGUUUAGAUAGGUUUGGACACGUUUGUACAGGUUUUGUACAGGUUUUGUGCAAGGUUUGUGCAAGUUCUGGACAUCCAAAAACUUUACAUUUAAGACUAAAAAUGUAUCCAAAUUCAUCAUUGCAUAUUACUACAUGCAUAUUUGAUCCCGAAUCCCCAAUGGCAAGAAUGGCAGGAAUAAUAAUACCCUUAUUGUAUAGAGCGUGUAAAAAAUUUCUAGAUGACAAAAAAAAAAUAAUCUCACAGAAAUAUGUUGUACUCAUGAAUUCACAUAAAUGUUUGAUGCAUUACAUAAUAAUAAAAUCGAAAUUAUCACAUUAGUUUGCGGAUUUCUUCAAAUGUCAAAUUUCACAACUUUCCAAUUAAACACAUCAGAAUGAAAUUAAAUAGUUUGUUUCAAAUGGAUGUUUUGUUUCAAAUAUCGAUUUCCAACUUUCCAAUUAAACACUUUAGAAUGAAAUUUAACAAUAAUGCUGUUAUUCAUUUACAUGCAUAUCUAUUGUUAAAAUCCUUUACUGCGGAUGAUCAGAAGGGGGAACGCAUUCAAAAUCAGGAAAGAUAAGGUACAAUAGGGAAUACCAAAAUUUUCA